UGGGGGAGAAAGACUGGUACUUCUUCUACCUGAAGGACCGCAAAUACCCAAUGGGGUCGAGGAUGAACCGGGCCACGAAGGACGGCUAUUGGAAGGCCACGGGCAAGGACAAAGAGAUCUAUAGGGCCACGACAAAGAAAGUGAUACCGUUGCUUGUUGGCAUGAAAAAGACGCUUAUAUUCUACAAGGGUAGGGCUCCUAGGGGUGAAAAAACCAACUGGGUCAUGCACGAGUUCAGGCUUGAAGGCAGCGACAUGCUCCCCUAUCCCGCAUCUAGCUCAACUUCCACUACUUGCUUAAAAUCUUCUACUUCUGAUGUGGAUGAGUGGGUGGUCGGUCACGUGUUCCACAAGACCACUGGGAUGAAGAGGACACCUGCACUACCGUCAUACAACCUAGCCAUAACUGAUGAUGGGACUGACCAGGGAAGCAUCCCCAUGCCCACACCAUUACCAUUUCCCAUGCUAUCAGACUUCAUAAUGGACCCAAUAGCAUCCUACUACUCCACCUUGGGCACAAGCUCCUCAUUGGUGCCACCUGUGAUGUCACCUUUGGUAGGCAUGAGUAGCAUAGGUCUUCAUAUGAAGAACAACUUAUUUGGGAACCCAAUGGCCAUGGUGCCACCGAUGUCUAUCUACCAUCAGAUGGGCAUGGGAAUAGUAGGUGCUAGUGGUUGCAUGGAUGUGUUGAAGAGUGGACCUUCUCUUAUGAUGUCACAGAAGGGCACAUUGAUGGACCAUGGACAAACCAAUGUCUCCGAAAUAUCACAGACAAUGUCUGCAGCAGUAGGUGCUAGCAGCUUCAUGGAUGCACUGAAGAGCGGACCUUCUCAGAUGGUGUCACUGAAGGACACAAUGAUGGAUCAUGACCAAAUCAAUAUCGCUGAAAUAUCACAAAUGGUGUCUGCAGCCCCAGAGUAUGUGCCCUUCAUUGAUAUGUAUGGCUUUUGUAAGUAUUAAAGAGGUGAAGAGGGAUCAUACUACUAUAAUCCCCC